AUGACUCCCCUCCAUUCUAUCAUUAUCUCAACCCUUUUUCUUCUCCCUUCAGCCCUUGCUGAUCACUCUUGUAAAGCCUACCCUGGCACAUCAGAUUGGCCCUCUCACAAAACAUGGUCUCGUCUCAACAGCACUCUCAGCGGACAUCUGCUUGCACCCACACCACCUGGAUCAGUAUGUCACAAGGACUGGCCUGCAUAUAACAAAGAUACAUGCUCCAAUGUCGCAGCUUCUUGGAAACAUUACGACUUCCACACUGAGAACCCAGUCUCAGUAAUCUAUGAUCAGUACCCAAGCUGGACUUGUCUCCCUGAUGCAGAUUACCCAUGCAGCGAUGCUGGAUAUCCUGCAUAUGUGAUCAAUGCCACCACGGCUGAGCACGUCAAGAUUGGCGUUGACUUUGCUCGAAAACAUAAAAUCAGACUCAUCGUCAAAAACACAGGCCACGACUACAUGGGCCGCUCAGUCGCACCAGGCUCUUUAUCACUCUGGACCCAUCACUUAAAAGACCUGACCUACCACAAGGGACAUUUCAAACUUUACAAUUCAGAGACCACUAUCUAUGGUGACGCCGUCACUGCCGGUGCUGGUUCUCAGAUGUACGACGUGUACACAUACUUGGACAAGUAUAAGCGCGUUGUUGUCGGCGGCGGUGGAAAGUCCGUCGGCCUUGGAGGAUAUGUUACCGGCGGAGGCCAUUCACUCUUGUCGCCGAGGUUUGGUCUCGCUGUUGAUCAGGUCCUGCAGAUGACCAUUGUUACGCCCGGUGGAAAGAUUUUAACUAUUAACGAAAACAACCAUCAGGAUCUUUUCUGGGCUAUGAGAGGUGGCGGUGGAUCAACCUUUGGUGUUAUCAUCUCGAUGACUCUCAAGGUCUACAAAACACCAAAAAUCUCUGCAUCCAUUCUGACAGUCGGAACAUCCUCCGAAGCACCUUUCAAGUACGAUCUUCUCGCCUAUGUUCUCUCCCAGUUUCCAUCUCUUGCAGAUGCAGGUCUGUCCGGAUAUGCAUCUCUCAGCCCGCGUGUGGCCAACCCAUCUCCCGGCCCAGAAGCACCAAAGGAAGUAGCAGGGAUAUCAGGUAUCUUUGCCGCGCAAGACGUACAAGAUCCCAAUUAUAUCCACAAACUUCUUCAACCCCUCAAUGAAACCCUGCAAAAGCGUUGGCCGGGCUUCGUCCAGUUCACUGCCACGUCUGAGACGUACUCUUCGUUCUUGAAGUGGUAUGAUGUUUACUUUGACCAAGGUACCGCAGGAGACACAAACUACAUCGUCUCGAGACUUCUGACCAAGGAUUCCCUUGAGAAAGAUGAAUCCAAGUUGAGCCACGCACUUGAACAAGGUUGUGUGCCAUCUGGUGGGAUGAUCGCUCAUCUAGUCUCGGGCAAGGGAGUGCACGAUGCCAAACCCAGAGGAGGAAGUGUUUCAGUAAACCCUGGUUGGAGAGAUACAUAUGUCCAUGCUCUUGCCGGGCAUGCCUUUCAACCUUUCAACCGAACAUCUGAGAAACAGGCUGUUCAGAGUUUGAUCAAAACUUGGGAAUCAUUCCGAGAAUUGUCUCCCAAAGCAGGAGCUUACAUCAACGAGGCACUUCCGUUUGAACCAGACUGGCAGCAUACUUUCUGGGGCGACAACUACGAACGACUUUUAUCUAUCAAGAAGGCUGUUGAUCCAGAUGAUGUGUUGUGGUGUUUCCCCUGUGUCGGAAGUGAGAAGUGGAAGCAGAAGCGCGAUGGUCGUCUUUGCAAAGUGGCUUGA